GAUAAGCUCACAACUAAAGUGACCAGCAACAUGAAGUUGUUGGCAGUGACUGUGUUGGCCCUAGCAGUGGCCGCCUCCGCAAGGCACAUCACUCUUGAAGAUGUGAUCGAAUUAGAAAAGAACACGCCGUACGAUUACAUUCAGCUUGUUGCCAUACCUUACGCUGACGAAGUCUUCUUAGCUGAGGAGGAAGGCAGACAGAAUCCAUCUAGAAUCGUCGGUGGUUCUUUAGCCUCUCUUGGACAAUUCCCGUACCAGGCCGGCCUACUAUUGAAUUACCCUACAAGAACUGGUUACGCCAGUGCAUCUCUGAUCUCCCACAACAGAAUACUGACUGCUGCACACAACAUAAACGAUGGUUUUUCAAAUGUCCCGACUGUGACUGUUGUCCUUGGAACUACUACUAUAAUGACUGGUGGUGUUAGACAAACUACUGGCAACUAUGUUAUACAUGAAAAUUAUGACAUUUCCAUAGUUAGAAGUGACAUUGCUAUCAUCAACUUGCCAUCUUCUGUUCAGUUUUCAAAUAUCCUCGCUCCCAUCGCCCUGCCUUCUGGAUCUCAGCUCGGAGAAAAUUUUGUUGGUCAAGUUGCCAUCGCCUCUGGUUAUGGAUUUAAUCCUGGCAUUGGUGGUAUGCUUGCAAACCAGCCGUUCAGCUUUGUGGACUUACCUAUAAUUACGAACAAUCAAUGCGCCGGAACUUACGGAUCUUUCAUUUACAAUGGCAUUAUCUGCACUGGCAGUGUACCUGGCAAGAACAUUUGCAGUGGCGACUCUGGUGGUCCUCUUGCUAUAAACAGAAAUGGAAACUAUAUCUUGAUUGGUGUUGUUUCGUUCGGGCGCGGUGGAUGCGAAGGCAAUUCUCCUUCUGGAUACGCUAGAGUUACACACUACAUUAACUGGAUUAAUCAACGUCUAAUAAACAUGAAGUUUUUGGGAGUGAUUCUAUUAGCUCUAGCAGUUUCAAGCACUGCAAGACACAUCACUCUAGAAGAUGUUAUUGAUUUUGAAAAGAAUACCGCGUAUGGAUAUCAUACAAAAAUUGGGAUACCAUUAGCUGAUAAAAUCCGUAAAGAAGAAGAUAACCUAAAACCAUCUAGAAUAAUUGGUGGAUCCCUCGUGGAUCUAGAAGAGUUUCCGUAUCAGGCUGGUCUUAUCCUUCGACUGCCAAUCGGGACGUCAAUCGCUGGUGCAGUCUUAAUAUCUCCGAAUACAGUUUUAACUGUUGCUCAUAUUUUUAAUGAUGCUGUAUUAAGUGUUACAACAGUCACCGUGGUAAUGGAUACAAUCAAUAUAUUCAUCUCAGGAAUAAGAAUUGAUACAGACGAAUACAUUUUGCAUGAAAAUUAUAAUCCUGCUACACUUAGAAAUGAUAUCGCUGUCGUCAAAUUACUUUAUAAUGUUGCUUUUACUGCCACUGUCAGUCCUGUGUAUUUACCCUUCGAAUCAAUAGAGGAAGAAGAUUUAGAUGGCGAGACUGCCAUCGCUUCUGGUUAUGGACAAACCUCCAAUAGUGGCAUCUCAAUACCAAUGCUGUUGAAUUCUGUGAAUCUAACGAUCAUGACGAACGAAGAGUGCGCUAGAGUUUUUGGCACGUUCAUCCAACCUACAAAUGUAUGUGCCAGCGGCAAUGGCAACGUGUGUCAGGGGGACGCCGGUGGACCUCUUGUUGUCUACAGAGACAUGAGACAUUUUUUGAAUGGUGAAAAUUAUAAGUCAUCUUGUUUCCUCAGUUGUAACAAUAUGAAGGUCUUGGCUUUAGCACUUUUCGCUCUGGCGGCGGUGGCCAGCGCUAAAAACAUCCACGUUGAGGAUGUCAUCGACUUGGAGGACAUCACCGCCUACAGAUACUUGUCCAAGAUCGGUAAACCUCUUGCUGAUGAAAUCCGUAAAGCUGAGGAGGAAGCUAGUGCAUCCAGAAUUGUUGGCGGUUCCUUCUCCGAGCUCGGACAGUUCCCUUACCAGGCUGGUCUUCUCGCUGACUUCUGGAUGGGUCAGGGUGUGUGCGGUGGUUCUUUGAUUACCGCUAACCGUGUGCUUACUGCUGCUCACUGCUGGUUCGAUGGUAUUGACCAAGCCUUCAGUGUCACCGUAGUUCUCGGCUCAAUCCGUUUGUUCAUCGGUGGUGAAAGAAUCACCACCAACGAUGUUGUCAUGCACUGGGGCUGGGAUCCUAGCUUGAUCCGUAAUGACAUUGCCGUAAUUAGGUUGAGCUCUAACGUCGCCUUGUCAGAUGUCAUCGCUCCCAUUGCUAUCCCAAGCGGUGACUUGAUCAAUGAAAGCUUCGAAGGUCAAAUCGCCGUCGCCUCUGGAUUCGGUCGCACCAGUGACAAUGUCGGAGUCUCAAUCCUCCAGGUGCUUAGUCACGUCGAACUACCCGUGAUCUCCAACGCAGUCUGCAGGCUUUCCUUCCCCCUCAUCCUACAGGACUCCAACAUCUGUACUAGCGGUGAUGAUGGCAAGAGCACAUGCCGUGGUGACUCCGGUGGCCCUCUGGUUGUCAAUGUCGAUGACAGCCCUGUUCUGAUUGGUGUCACUUCCUUCGGAUCCGCCCGUGGUUGCGAAGUUGGUGCCCCUGCCGCUUUCGCUAGAGUCACCUCUUACAUCUCCUGGAUCAACAACCUACUCUAAACAAGAUUCUAUCUCUGUAACAAUCUCAUGCAAACAAAUGGUCAAUAACUUUAUUAGUGGUUUAAUGUAUAUGUAUAUAAAUAUUGAAUAAUAUGUAAAUAAAUUAAAUUCAUUUCAA